AUGAAAGAACCAACAACUAAGGAUGUGCAAUGGACGGACGAUUGCGAAUUAGGGGUCACCCGCGUCCAAACCGUCAAAAUUGCGGAUAUGGAAAAUCCAACCGUGUCCGAUCCAAUCACCCGCAAAUUUGACAUCUACGGAUCCGCAGAUAAUACGGACCGGAUACGGAUUAACCGCGGAUCUAAGCAUCAGUUGAAGCAACAAUGUGUUUCUGUGAAUUCACCAUCAACUACUAAUACCUGGAGAGUUUCUUGGCAUUCAAAGUUUACUUCUUUUCACGUAUUUGGAAAACAAACUCAUCAAGGUGCACAUCAAAAUUUCAUUCCCCUUAGUCCCAGAAAUAGACUGAUUAGAUUUUUGGUUAUUGGUGGAGUAGUUAUUACUGUAUGGGGAUUAGAAAGAAUUCCUUAUUCAAAAAGAUUUCAUUUAAUUCUUGUAUCAAUAGAUUUGGAAAGAGAAAUUGGAGAACGCAGGUUUAAUGAUCUAAUGAAAACUUAUGAAGGGAAAAUUCUUCCUGAAACACAUCCGGAAAGUGUCAGGGUUAGAUCAAUAGGCACUGAGAUAAUUGAAUCUUUACUAAGGGGAUUAAGGUAUGGGAAAGUAGGGAGUGGUCUUGGAUACAACAACCAAGUUCAGGAUGAUAUGAGGAGGGUGAAAAAAAGUAGAGAAAAAGGUUUUAGAGUUGCUACUUAUCAUUUGGAAGGACUAAAUUGGGAGAUUUUGGUUGUUGAUAAACCAGAGGUUAAUGCCCUAUGUAUCCCCGGUGGAAAGAUUGUUGUUUUCACUGGUUUGCUUGAUGCUUUUAGAACAGAUGCUGAGAUAGCUACAAUAAUCGCACAUGAGGUUGGGCAUCUUGUGGCAAGACAUAAAGCAGAAUUCAUCUCACAGAUUAUGUGGCUUAUAAUUCUGAAACUAGUUCUGGACCCGUUCGUUGCCAUUAGUGAUAAGAUGACUAAACAAAUAAUUGAGGCAUGUAAAUAUCUCUAUCUGCUGCCUUCCUCUCGAAGGAAUGAAAUGGAGGCAGACUGUAUUGGGUUACUCUUGCUUGCCUCAGCUGGAUACGAUCCUCGGAUGGCGCCCCAAGUGUAUGAGAAGCUUGGGGAUUUUAGUGGAGAUUCACCAUUAGAUGAUAUUCUUGCUACACAUCCAUCUGGAAAAAAGAGAGCAGAAGUACUGUCCCGAGCCAGAGUUAUGGGAGAAGCCCACAUUUUAGUUUCUCUGAAUAAAUACAUAGUUUCAAUCUCUAUAACAGAAUACCCACAUUUUAGUUUCUCUGAAGAUGUUAAGGAAUCAAGGUCAGGCAUCCUUUUGGAGAUGUUAAGAAUGUGGGUUAUAUAAAUACAUAGUUUCAAUCUCUAUAACAGAAUACUCACAUUUUAGUUUCUCUGAAUCACACAAAAUUUGGUCGA